AGCAAAUGCUUCAAUGAAAAAUACACGAAACAAAUGAUAAAGUGACAGUUUUCGAAAAAUAUAUUUUCCAUAUUUUAGUGGCAAUGUAUUUAUAAAAAUCAUUUCAGUUUAAUUUUAGAUUAGUUUUUAGUUUUAUAUGCAUUGUUUUUAUUUCGUUAUUCUAUUCUACUUGGUUUAAACUUGAGGAUAAAUUAUGCCUGAGUGUGUGCCAUGCCCUGCCGCGGCGCCAUGCGCGUUGUCUGCCGGCGUGAAGUCCGGCCUGCAAGACGGCAAGCCCAUGGACGGCAAGCAGGAGCAUCCCUGUCCCUGCAGGUCCUGCUGCUGCGGGAAGCCGCCCAUUGUAAAGCCGUGCUAUAAGCAGCCAAAGAUCCCCGAGUCUUAUGCGCCCCGCCGCUGCUACACGAAACCCUCGGCCCCCGUGGACAGCUAUACCACGUACAAACUGUCAUACCUGCCCGUCGACGGCUGCAAGAACCUGAGAGGGGAAGCGCGCAAGCCCUCGCCCAAUCUGGUGCCAAGCUGCGAACCUAUGGAGGGAUGCACUGUCCAGAAGUUGUCGUACCUGCCGAAUCCUGUGUGCAUCACUCAGUCGAUCCGGCCCUGUCACCAUGACAUGUGGGGUCAGGGCCCCAUGCAGAACCUCACUACGCAGCGGCACGACUACGUCGCUAAGCCGUGCGUGCUGCGGGAAAGCUUUAAGCCGGCACCGAAGUUCCAUGCUAUUGAGCAGCCGUUUGAGAAUCGCACGAUAAACAAGCUGUCUUACGUGCCGCCGGAGCGGAUGGCGCCGACCAAGUCGUUCGCCCCGGAGCGCUGCUAUGAGAAGCCGGCCGCUAAGAUGGACGGCAGUACCACGCACAAGAUGAGUUUCAUGCCCAACCAGAUCUUACCAAAGGAGCCAGUGCCAUGGGCUUGCAAGGGACAGUACCAGAAGCCCUGUCAGAAACUAGACACCAACACGACGUAUACCAUGAGUUUCCUGGACGCGGCGAGCGACUGCCGCCGACGCGCCAUCAUACCGGACAGCUGCACCAACCCCGUGACGGCGUCGAAGAGAUUCGAAACGCAGACCAUUUACAAAAACAGUUACAUGCCCGCCACGGCGUCGAUACCUCAGCCGGUGAAGCCGUCGCCCAACUUGGUCCCCUCCACCGCCCAGAUGGAAGGAGACACCGUGCAAAAGUUGUCGUACUUGCCGAACCCAGUGUGCAUCACUCAGUCGAUCCGGCCCUGUCACCACGACAUGUGGGGUCAGGGCCCCAUGCAGAACAUCACCACGCAGCGACACGACUACGUCGCCAAGCCGUCCGCUAUACGGGAGUCCUUCAAGCCGGAUAAUAAAUACCAUUGUGUGGAACAACCGUUUGAGAAUCGUACGAUCAACCGCAUGUCGUUUAUUGAUCCUGGGCGAAUUCCGGUGCCAGAAUCGUAUGCCCCGGUCAAAUGCUACGAGAAGCCCGCAGCCAAGAUGGAGAGCAGUACGACGCAGAAAAUGUCGUAUCAGCCGGUGUGCGCGCCUGCGCCGCAGCGCCCGCCCUGGGCCUGCAAGGGACAGUACCAGAAGCCGUGCCAGCGGUUGGAGGGCACCACCGUGUACAAGUCGUCGUUCAUGCCGCCCGGCGAGGACUGUACGCAGUACAUGGACCCCUGCUCAUAUGGUGACUGCAAACCGUGCGACUGCAUCUGCCCCGCGGAGUGCAUCGCGACGGACCCCUGCGCGUGCACAUUCCCCAAAGCGGAGUGUUGCACGUAAUGACGCGUCAUACUUUUGCCUGUGAUAAAUUCAAGUGUAAUCGGCUCGUUUACGAAAUGACGCUGUGAAAUUAUAUUCAACGUGGAUGAUACCUCUCGAAAUUAGUUUCUGAACAUAAAACACGGGAUUUAGGGAUCCGACUUGGUUCGAUUUGGCGCUCGGUCGACGCUAACCAUUACUUUGACGUAGAAAAUGAACUGUGCGUCUUACCAAUAUGGACAAAAGAGUGUGAGAAAGAUAGCAAUUGUUCGGACUAUAGUCAUAGGAUAUAGGCAUGUUAUUGGCCUACAGAAAAGACAAAUAUUGGCCGCAAUCACUUCGUCUCUUUCUAACAGAGUGGUCCGUUUUGUGUGGGUAUUGGUCAGUACAUUUUCUAUGGUUAUAGCCUAUGAUCAUUGUAUUAUAAGACAUUGUUGAUAGUGAUAAAUUGUUUUUUUGAUGUUAUAAAGUUGUCAUGUGUUUAUGCCCAUCAUUUUAUUUUAGAUAAAUAUUAUAUGAAUUAUUAUAAA